UUAAUAAGAGUGCCAAACUAUCGUAAUUUUUAUAUAAACAUUACCAUAAAACUACUACAUAGUACUAUUAGUGCGCAUAAAAAUUCCCAGGUCAAAAUCGUUCUAUUGGAUUCUAUGAAGGCGGAUAAUAUUCACCGAUUUUUGAAAUAGGAUCCGAUAUCAUACGAGGUUAGGCUUUUCAUUCUGGGAUAUUAAAAUAGUUUUUGUUAUUACUAACAGAAAAUAGUGAAUCAACACUCUUAAUACGGAUUCUGUUCCGUUAAAAAGGCGAUUACAUAAAAAUUGGCUAAACUUUGUUAUCAAACAUCAUUUUGCUAUCCAGCUCUUAUACUACAACUCACUAAGCACUCAUCAUUCUAGCACCAGCAUCAUUUGCACAAGCUCGUAUAUGGCUUGACGAAAAAAUUCGAUUCGAUCCAGAAAAACCACAAGUAGCAAUCUAUAAUAUGCCUUUUGUUUAUCGUCUGCAACCAGGUUAUACUUUAUCGAUCAAACAACUUUGUCAUGCUCUUUAUCUCACUGUUAACAAACAUUCCUCACUUCAUACAUCACUUCAUUUUGACAUCGAAAAGAAUCUACUUAUGCAACGAGUUAUUACUCAUGAAGAUAACCAUAAAAAUAAUAAUACAUUUUCAAUUAUCAAAACCACUCAUGAAACAGAUGAACAACUUAAUGAGAUCUUACGUGACGAGAAACGUAAUCCUCAUCUUUUUGAUCUUGCUCAAGGUCUUGUCUUUCGAUGUCAUCUUGUUUACUAUAAACAAAUCUCUUCUAACAACAUUCUUUCUGAUAAAGAUAUACUUAUCUUCAACUUUCAUCAUGCUUUCUUUGAUUACCCAUCAAUGAAUAUAUUUGUUCAUGAUCUUAAUCAAGCAUAUACAACAGGUCAAUUACUAUAUGAUGACACUACUAAUCUUCGUUAUCUCGAUUAUGCUGUUAUUGAACAACAAAUGUCAAUGACUGGUGCAAGUAUGUUUUGGCUUGAUGCUCUUCAUGAUUAUAAACUCGAUCAAUCUUUAUCAUUACCAUUUGAUCGAUAUCGCCUUGCAAAUGAACAUCGAACUGGUCGUGGAACAUCUAUUUCUUUUGAUUUUGGUCAAGAUCUCUCAUAUGACUUUCUUACUCAAGCAUCAUCAAAUAACAUAUCACUUGAAUAUCUCGCCCUUGCUACUUAUUACGUGUUUCUAUUCAAAUUAACGAAUGGAGAAAACGAUUUCUGCAUUGGCAUAAAUACACACGGUCGAUACAGAGAUGAGCUUAACUCUAUCAUUGGAAUGUUUGUGAAUGCUAUACCUUUGCGAUGUCGACUCGAUCCUCAUUUAUCAUUUCAUGAACUUACUAAGCAUGUUCAAGAUAAUAUGAUAAACUGUAUUAAAUAUUCAUAUUUUCCUCUUCAACGUAUUCUC